AUGCGCCACUCCGAAAACAGAAACUCAGACUUUCACAGUUCUCCCAAACGGUUCCUCAAGACCCUCACGUCGCUGCCUCUCCGCCAGUACCUGAAAUCACCGCUGCAGCUGGCGCCAAACGGCCACUCAAGGUCUUUAAGUCACGAGGCCUUCCAACUGAAGAACGUGCAAACAUCCUUGGAAUGGACAAACUUGAUUCCUCCCUUGCCGGCGGCGUCUUCAAAUCAUCUGAAUCUGUCAUCGUCUCUGUCUGCAAACGAGUUGGGGCUUCCGCCUCAAAGACACUCCAUCGCUAUUUCCCCAAUAUCGUCUAAAAACAUCCCCGACAUGCUACAGCCGCUGCCUGAUCCAAGCAAAGAGAAGGAAUUCGAGUUUCCCAAGUUCCCUGCGCUGAACUCUCGCACAAGCUCCCUGGGACUGCUGAUGGAAAACCGUAAUCCGUUCAGAAAGCAAGAAAAAGAGCAAAUAGCGAAGAGUGACAGACUGAAACAGACAAAUGCGCAACCAUUUCAAGCUUCCCAGUUACGCCCUCAACAAAAAGCCCUCGAUCAACAAGGUCCCCAACAGCCACAUCCCGUUCAUCCUCUCCCUAUAAGACAUCCACAAACACAUCCACAAGUACACAAGCCUGGCCAUGGCUCUCUGCUGCCUUUCAACCCCCCAAUUCAAAGACCCAUGUCGGAAGAAUUCAACUUCAGCCCCACACCUCCUCCUCAACGGCAGCCACUGAGUAAGUCUUCACAGCCAGAAUCGCAUAAAGCCACUAAAGGUAUAACUCAGCCACAAAGCAGACCUCCCAAAUUCCAGCCUCCGGGAACCCCGUCAGCACCUCUGCGCCAAGUUACUCCAAACAGUCAAACUCUGUCAAUCUCCUCAACACAGCCGCUGAUCCCAGUGCCCGAUGGCUCUUCGUUGAGUCUUACAAGAAAAGAACUGCUGAGGCUGCAAUUACAACGUACACCUCAGGAGAUGCGGCCUAGUGGUACAAGAAAGCGCAAGGUAUGCAAAGUCUGUAAUGAGCAGAUCGGGGGCCAAUUCGUUAGAGCCCUCAACAAUGCAUACCACGUCGAAUGCUUUACUUGUCAAGAAUGUGGCCAGCAAUGCUCAGCCAAGUUCUUUCCUCAAGAGAUCACUCAGCAAGAUGGCACCACUACUCAGGUUCCCCUUUGUGAGUAUGAUUACUUCAAGAAACUCGAUCUCAUAUGCCAUAACUGUAACUGUGCUCUACGAGGUCCAUAUAUCACUGCUUUGGGUAAUAAGUAUCACGUCGAACAUUUCAAAUGCUCUGAGUGUGGAAAAGUCUUUGACUCGGAAGAGAGCUACUACGAGCACGAGAACAAUAUCUAUUGCCAUUACCAUUAUUCGAAGCUUUUCGCUACGAAAUGUGAAGGCUGUCAGUCCUCGAUAGUUAAGCAGUUUGUCGAGUUGUUUAAGGGUGGUAAGAAUCAGCAGUGGCACCCUGAGUGCUAUAUGGUAUACAAAUUUUGGAAUGUUUUUAUCACCGCAGAUUCUGUUGGAGUUCAAAGCAAAUUUGAUCUAGAGGACAAGCCUGUGGCAAGCUUUCUUGAAAAUAACGUGGACCCGGAUAAGCUACUCGUUAUUGAACAACAAAUCGAGAACGUUGUGAUGAGAUGUUGGUUGGUAUUAUCAGGGUUUGAGGAGACUUUGGCGUCUUGUAUCUCCUCGAUGCUUUUGUCUGCUUGCACAGGGAAAAGAUCAGAUGGCAUACUUGCUACCAGCAAACUCAUCGUUUAUGUCGAGAUACUUUUUUCGGCAUUGGACUUUGUUCAGAACAUGUGCGUUGAAUGUAACGAAGACCCAGCCAGAGUUCAGCAAAGCAGGACAGCCUCCGGCGACGAGAUCUACUCGGCAGAUGCGUUUGACAACUUUCAACCACUUCGAAAGGAACCCAGAAAUAUAUCUGGUAAGCUCAUGAGCUAUUUGGCAAUUCUUAGGAAGUCGACGAAGAUUGUCAAUUCUGGAACACUUUCGGCAGAAUUGUUAUCUGUCAUUACUGGCUGUGCUCAUUAUCUCAAACUCCUAUUCAGAACGGGACUCAAUAACGCUCUCAAACUAAAUAAGUUUAGAGGUGACACAAGAGCAUUAGAUGGUUUUCUCAAGUCGGCAAAGCGAUAUGAGGAGAUAGAGAAGGCGUUGACAGAUCCAACAUCUGGAUUACCGCUGCUUGAGCAGCGAUUAAACGUGCCACAGAAUGCCACGGAUGCUUGUCGUGCUUGCAGGAAGAGCAUAGAAGCUUCGUGUUACAGAUUUAAAAAUAUUAGAUGGCAUAAGAAGUGCUUUCAGUGCUCCUCGUGUCAAAGAACACCUUCUCAAGAGUUCAAGGUUGAGAACUUUUUGUGCGGUGCCGACGACUCCGUGCUUUGUGUUGAGUGCUCCAAGCUGAAUGCUAAAGCAGGAAUGGGGUACCAAUUUGGCUUCAUUGCCGUCACUGACUUAUCGCAAUUAGUUUACUUGUUGAAGAUAGCGAUAUACCGUACGAAGGUCGCCAUGAAGAAAGAUGAUGAGAACUCAAGAAAGAGUGAAUAUGGAAAUGUGCGUCCUCAAAUGUCCAAUAUCGCAGAAGAAGAAUCUCAAGUCAGCGACACAGAGACAGUGUUUUCAAAAACACUUAAUGACGUUACUUCCUUGAGAACUAAAAGAGAGAGCCAAAAGUUGUCAAACUCUGUGAAGAAGAGCGUCAGAAAAUCUGUUAUUCUCGAGGCUCCAGAAGCAGACAGCGCAAGAGAGGACAAUGCUGACCGUGACGCUUCAGGUCAGACACGAAAGGCAAGUUCUGCGUCGUCUCUAUCAUUUGUUAUGGGCCAAGGCGACGGUGAUCAAGCUAACUUCUCUGCUCAUAAAUCGCUCAAGAUCAUGGAUGAACCGCCUCUUGUCGUUGCCUCUGGUAGCUUGGGCCGCACUUCAGACUUGUUGAAGAAUGAGAAAUCUUUGACACUUGACGAUAUACCUAGAAUUGUUGCUGCCGAGCAAGCAAGGGAUCAAAGACCGAAUGCCUUCAAGCAUCACAAUUCAUUGUAUGAAAAAGCGCAACCUCUUAAAGCAUCUAAUGGUGGCAGCAUCCAUCAAUUCAAAGGUCUGCAAGAUUUGACACUAUCGAAUAAUCUUGCAGUCCCAGUGAAGAUUAAGUACUACUCCGAAUUGUCGAAGUCAGAGCAUUUUGUUAUGCGCCAUAUCGCAGUUGAGGCUCUUUUAGCAAUCCGAGGGAAUCAAUCAAGAGAAGAACUCGUUUCGCUUAUACAGACGAGAAAGCUGCCAACCUUCUGGGAUAAGUUCAAGUUUGGUGGUGGUGACAGGAACAAAACUAUGAAUGUGUUUGGAACUGACCUACAAGAUUUGACUAAGCGCUACGGAGUCGACUCGGACUUAGGAGUGGGACCCGCACAACUUCGUAUUCCCAUCGUAGUCGAUGAUGUGGUCAAUUCGCUACGUAAAAAGGAUAUGUCCGUAGAGGGCAUUUUCCGUUUAAAUGGCAACAUCAAGAAUUUAAGGGAGUUGACAGAACAGAUUAACAAGAACCCUCUCAAGUCACCAGAAUUCCACAAUUACUCCGCCGUUCAACUAGCUGCCCUACUAAAGAAAUGGCUUAGAGAGCUCCCAAACCCCUUGCUUACGUUCAACCUUUUCGAUCUUUGGAUAUCUUCUAGGAAGACAAAUGACCCAACUAUGUGUAAGAGAAUCUUACAGUUAACUUACUGUAUGCUUCCAAGAAGCCACAGAAAUUUGUUGGAAGUCCUCCUUCAUUUCUUCAGAUGGGUUGCCUCUUUUGCAUCUACUGAUGAAGAAUCAGGAUCUAAGAUGGAUACUCACAAUUUAGCAACGGUUCUCGCACCCAACAUCCUCGUUUCAAGGGCUCAGUCAGCAGAAGGAGGACAGGCUCAAUCAGGUGAGUCCUACUUUUUGGCGAUUGAAGUUGUUAAUCAAAUGAUCGAAAUUCACGAAGAAUUGGCUGUAAUUCCGCCAGAUCUUUGGAAUGUCUUUGAGAAAUGUCAGUUCUCUAACGCACCAAAACUCGACACUCUUAGCUCUAAAGACAUAUUCGCCAAGGUGCAAAAGGCUGCCAAAGAAGAUCCUGAUGUCUUCAAGAGGUUUGUUGAAAUGGAAGCCUCGACAAAGCUCAACCAACAGAACACAAUUAAAAGGGGCCAAAUGAAAGUGGACGCUGUGUCCACAGCAAAAUAA